AUGGUUGUGGUGGCACCAGCGGAUCUGGGACCCACCGAGCUGGAGAGGAGGCCUGGGAGCCAGCAGGAUGGCCCGGCUCGGCAUGGUGCCACGCAGUGCCACACCGUGCCGCGCUGCCUGGCCCUGCCUGCCCGGACCGGUUCUGGCCGAGCUCUGCCCGAGCUCUGCCCGCCUGCAGAGCCUGCUUCGGCUGCGGGGGCUGCGGCUCAUGGGCAGCACCUGGGGGUCCUGACCUGGACCCCCAGCGCUGCCACGGGGAGCCUGGCGGGGAGCACGGGACGGCCACUCUGUGGGCAGCGACGUGUGGCCAGCGGUGGCUCCUGGGGAGCAUGGCCGCUUGCGGCUGCAGACUCGGCUGAGCGCGUCGUGCAGCGGUUCGAGGUGCCUGGCGUGUCCAACUACACGGCCCUGCUGCUGAGCCCCGACGGCGGCACCCUCUACCUGGGGGCACGCGAGCUGCUCCUGGCCCUCAACACCAGCCACUUCCAGCCCGGGGCGCCGGCUCGAAGGCUGCCCUGGAGCGCAGAUGAGGAGAAGAAGAGGCAGUGCGUGUUCAAGGGCAAGGACCCCCAGAGAGACUGUCACAACUACAUCAAGAUGCUGCUGCGGCUGAACAGCACCCACCUCUACACCUGCGGGACCUGUGCCUUCAGCCCAGCCUGCGCCUACAUUAACGUGCAGCACUUCAGCCUGGAGCGUGACGCCUCGGGGAAGGUGCUGCUGGAGGACGGGAAGGGACGCUGCCCCUUCGACCCCGAGUACCGGUCCACGGCCGUCAUGGUCGACGGCGAGCUCUACGCCGGGACUGUCAGCAACUUCCAGGGCAACGAGCCGACCAUCUACCGCAGCCAGGAGAGCCGCAUCGCCCUCAAAACGGAGAACUCCCUCAACUGGCUGCAGGACCCAGUCUUCGUGGGCUCAGCCUACCUGAGGGAGAGCUUGCCCGCCGGCAACCCCGAGGGUGACGACGACAAGGUCUACUUCUUCUUCAGCGAGACGGGCAAGGAGUUCGACUACUUUGAGAACACCAUCGUCUCCCGCAUCGCGCGUGUGUGCAAGGGGGACCAGGGCGGGGAGCGCGUGCUGCAGCGGCGGUGGACCACCUUCCUGAAGGCACAGCUGCUUUGCUCCCACCCCGAGGACGGCUUCCCCUUCAACGUGCUGCAGGACGUCUUCGUGCUCACCCCAGGGGAGCUGCGCUGGAGGGAGACGCUCUUCUACGGGGUCUUCACCUCCCAGUGGAACAAGGGCGGCGGGGGCAGCUCGGCCGUGUGCGCCUUCCCCAUGCGCAGCGUGCAGCACGCCUUCGGCGGGCUCUACAAGGAGGUGAACCGCGAGACGCAGCAGUGGUACACGGACACCGGCCCCGUGCCGGAGCCGCGGCCGGGCACGUGCAUCACCAGCCACACGCGGCACCUGAAGAUCAACUCGUCCCUGCAGAUGCCGGACCGGGUGCUGAACUUCAUCAAGGACCACUUCCUGAUGGACAGCCCGGUGCGCAGCCAGCCCCUGCUGCUGCAGAGCCGCCUGCGCUACCAGCAGAUCGGCGUCCACCGCGCCCAGGGCCUCCACAGCACCUACGAUGUCCUCUUCCUGGGCACGGAUGACGGCCGGUUGCACAAGGCUGUGCGUGUGAACCACGGGGUGCACAUCAUUGAGGAGAUCCACCUCUUCCCUGCCGGCCAGCCCGUUCUCCAGCUGCUGCUGGACCAUGACCAGGGCCUGGUGUAUGCAGCCACCUACACGGCGGUGGCGCAGGUGCCCUUCGCCAACUGCAGCCUGUACCGCAGCUGUGGGGAGUGCGUGCUGGCGCGGGACCCCUUCUGCGCAUGGAGCCGGGGCGCCUGCCGCAGGACCACCCCGCACCCCCCAGCGCACCCCGAGCUCUGGGCGCAGGACAUCGAGGACGCUGACACGGAGCGGCUCUGCCAGCUCACCAACACCUCCCGGCUCCGACCCCGCAUCUUCCUGCCCCCAGCCUUGGCCUCCCCAUGCCAGCAGAUCCAGAUGCCGUCCAACGCGGUGCGGCCGCUGCCCUGCCAGCUCCUCUCCAACCUGGCCUCACGGCAAUGGCUGCACCGUGGGGCGCCCGUCAACGCCUCCUACCUGGUGCUGCCCGACGGGGCCCUCAUCCUGGUGGGCAGCCCCGAGCGGGCGGGCACCUACGAGUGCUGGUCGCUGGAGGAAGGCUUCCACAAGCUGAUGGCCAACUACUGCGUGAGUGUGCAGGAGCCAGUCCAUGGGCCGCUGGACACUGCCAGGAAGACACCCAGCGGCCGGGAUGCCCUGGAGACCGUCAGCACCUCCCGGAGCACCUCCGCGGUGGGCAGUGCCGCGGCCCGGCUGGACGGCAAGACCUACUGGACUGAAUUCCUGGUGAUGUGCGUGCUCUUUGUCACCGCCGUCCUCGUGCUGGUCCUUUUCCUCCUGCACCGGCACCGCGACGGCAUGAAAGCCUUGCUGGAGCCCGGCGACCCCGGCCGGCACCAGAAGCCGCCCCGCAAGCCAGUGGAGAGCCUCCCCCUGAAUGGCAGCAGCCUGCCCAGCACCGUGCCCGAGCACAAAGGCUACCAGGCCCUGCAGGACAACUACAUUGUCAGCACCCCCGUGCAUGAGCCCCCGGGCCCCCCACGCGCCUUCUCCGAAUCGGAGAAGAGGCCCCUCCACGUCCGGGACAGCUUCGUGGAGGUGUCUCCCGCCUGCCAAAGACCCCGGGUGCGCCUGGGCUCCGAGAUCCAGGACUCGGUGGUGUGACAGGGAGGAGAGCCCGAGCCCUCUGCUCUGCUGAGCCUCACCGGACCGCGGCGCCGCGGCUAGGGUCCGUGUUGUCUGUGUGUGCAUGCCCGGAGCCCGCGCCCCGCUACGGCACCCACCCACCCACCCAGCCGGCAGGGCCGGUCCCACCUCGUCCCGUGGGGGCUCGGUUCCCCGGGGACCUCUCCGGGCAUCACCUCCGCUGCUCCGGCCCCGCUCCUUGGGACGGUGCUGGCGGCUUGGGACCAGAGGGGUGCUGCGUGCCUUCCAGGGAUGUGCAGGACUUUCCCCACAGGGAUGGACAUGGUGCCUGGCUCAGGCUGCCGGCUCCGCGGGGCCCCGGCCCCCUCUAUGCAGAGGGCGGGAGGGGGCGGCCGCAGCCCCCCCUGCGCCCCGACUCACUGUGAUGUCCCAGUGCGGGACCCGGAGCCACGCGUGUGGCCGGGCGGUGCCGGCGCGGUGACCCGGCGGCAUGUGCUGUGUGUCUGUGCUUGGAUCGUUUUUAAUACGUUGAAAAUGUGAAUCGUGUCCCGGGGAGGGAGCCGGGGGCGGCGCUCGCCCUGCACCGGGCCGGGCAGCCGCUCGCCGCCGCAUCCCCACGUGCGUGUGCUGAAACGUCUGUGGUUUUUAUAUAAAGUCCAGGUGUCUCCUUUG